AUGGCUUCAACAAAACGAGUCUGCACGAAUGCGCUCCGCGCAGGUAGCAGCCGCAUCGCGGCGCCGACACCGGUCGCGGCCGCGAGACGGUGCUUCGCCGCUGCGGCGGCGGCGUCAUCGUCGUCGUCGUCGUCGUCCAGGCUCGGGUCGUCUGUGACACGCGCAACGACAAUGGUUCCCAUCCGAUGGAAGGGCGCAUCCGCCGCGGCAGCACCGAGGUUCUUCUCCUCCAAGUCGGACGAGCACCACGAGAUCGCGGCCAACGGUAGCAAGCUCUGGAACUACGAGCAGAUGGCCAAGCUGGCCAAGGACCCCAAAGACAUCGUCAUUGUCGAUUCCCGCGAGCCGAGCGAGCUCAGGCAAACGGGCCGCAUCCCCUCGGCCAUCAACAUCCCCGUCACGACGGCGCCCGAGAGCUUCCACAUCCCCGAGGAGGACUUUGAGGAGCGGUACGGAUUCCCGCGGCCCGGCAAGGACACGGAGCUCGUCUUCUACUGCAAGGCCGGCGUGCGGAGCCGCGCGGCGGCGGCACUGGCGAAGGAGGCCGGGUGGACCAAGGUCGGGGAGUACCCCGGCAGCUUCCUAGACUGGGAGGAGCACGGCGGCGAGGUCGAGAGCGGACGCAAGAGGCCCGGUCAGGAGUGA